CACUUACUCACUGUCACCAUGGAUGCCGGGGCGGCUGAGCGGCCUCAUGUACUGGAGCGGCUUCAGCGCAGGGAUGAGGAACGCCAGCGAGAGGUAGAGAAGAGGCGGCAGGUGAAGGAGGAGCAGGUCGUGCAGGAGGAGAAGAGCGGCUACUUUAGUGCCAGCUUCGGCCAGGAGCGGGCGGCCAUAGAGGAGGCUCUGAGCGGGGAAGGAGGGAUUGAGCUGCUGGAAGAGGUCGCCAUGCGGAUUCAGGGCCUACAGAAGCUGCUGAAUGACAGUGUCAUGUUUCUGCCUUCCUAUGACACCCGGCAGGCCCAGGAUCAGCUUGUCCGCUUGCAGAGCGCCCUGGACGCACGCCGCCUGGAGAUCCAGCCCAAGAAGAAAUUCGCCUUUAAGUCCCGUAAGAAGGAAGGUACAGCAGCGACCACCGACCAGUUGGCCACCCCAGGCCCGGCCAAAGAGAUCCAAGUGCAGUCGCUGCCCCAAUGCGGUUUCCAGGGUCUCACCGGCCAGGUGCUGUUUAUGGACGCCCAGCAGAUCCGCCAGAAGGAUGUCCAACUGAGCCAACUCCGGGAUUGCACUAUCACCAUGACCGGCAGCCCGGCCACCCUGCACCUGAGAGAGCUGAAUGGGUGCCGACUGCUGUGCGGGCCUAUCUCCACCUCCGUGUUCGUGGACAAUUGCCACAACUGCCUCUUUUCCUUUCCCUGCCAGCAGCUGCGCACCCACAGCACCCGGGACAGCCGCUUCUACCUGCAUGUCACCAGCCGCGCCAUCAUCGAGGACUGCAUGAAUCUGACGUUUGCUCCCUUCACCUGGAGCUAUCCGGACAUUCUUGCAGACUACGAGCUGGCUGGGCUGGACAGGGGCCGCAACAACUGGGACCAGGUGGAUGACUUCAACUGGCUGGCUAUGGGUGAAGAGUCUCCAAACUGGAGUGUGAUCCCUGAGGAGGAGAGGGUCACCCACUGGAAAUGAAGUCUGAUAUUAUGCUGUGUUUACUGCUUUCCCAAAAUUGAGCUUUACCCCUAAAA